AUGGAGAAAUUAGCCUUCGCAUUGAUCACCGCUUCCAGGAAGCUGAGGUAUUAUUUCCAAGCACAUGUCAUUAAUGUCAUGACAGAUCAUCCGCUCAAGAAUGAGAUGAAUAGACUAGAAGCUGCAGGACGAUUGAUCCAGUGGGCUAUAGAGCUCAGUGAGUUUGACAUUAGAUAUCAACCAAGGCAUGCCAUAAAAGCUCAAGCACUAGCAGAUUUCAUUGCGGAGUUUACCCCAAAUCAUGAUGAGACAGAAGACAGUAAGAGAUGGGUCGUCCAUGUGGAUGGUUCGUCUACACGACAUGCAGGUGGAAUUGGUGUGGUCCUACAAUCCCCAGAAGGAGACAAACUGAAACAUAAGGUUCGUCUACAAUACCAAGCAACUAACAAUGAAGUUAAGUAUGAAGCCCUUCUCAAAGAACUAGAAUUAGCUAAGUUUGUGGAAGCCAAGUCUAUACUCGUCUUGGGGGAUUCUCAGUUGGUCAUGGGGCAAGUAAAUGGGAUCUAUGAAGCAAAGGAAGAACGGAUGAGGAAAUACCUUAGUAGGGUGAUGCGCCUUAUGAAAAGAUUUGAAAAAGCUGACGUCGUUCAAAUCCCAAGGGAGGAGAACGUGGAAGUUGAUACUAUAGCAAAAGAAGCCUCAGCAAAUGAAUCUAUGGACGAAUUUGAUGAAGUUCAGUAUAUGCCAAGUAUAGAUAUCCCAGAAGUACAACAGGGGGAGAGCAGAGGAAAUUGGAUGACCCCGAUUAUAUCAUAUUUGAGAGAUGGACGACUACCAGAAGAGAAGGACAAAGAUAGGAAGUUGAGGGUGAGAUCGACUAGGUACAUUCUUAUGGACGAAGUGCUAUACAAGAGAGGUUUUUCUCAACCUUAUCUUAGAUGCUUGGCUCCGGACGAAGCAAACUACGUAGCAAACUUCGUACUGAGAGAAGUUCAUGAAGAAGCGUGUGGCAAUCACUCAGGAGCCAAGUCACUUGUCCACAAGGUCGUCCGUGUAGGGUAUUAUUGGCCAAAUAUGAAAGUUGACGCUAAAGCAUACGUCAAGGUCUGCGACCAAUGCCAAUGGUUUAGUAACGUCCCCAGACAACCAUAA